AUGGGUUCACUAAUAAAUCGAGAAAAGAAAAAACCCGUUGGUGGUGGACCAAAUAUUUUAUUUCAAUAUUGGAUAACUGAAGCUAUGGAAAAAGCAUUUAUCAAAGAUGCUAAAUCUUACUAUGCUUACAGAAAAGCUCUUUCUUCACUUAAAAAAUAUCCAUUAUUAUUACAAAGUGGAAAAGAAUGUAAAAUUUUAGAAGGUUUUGGAAUGAAAUUAUGUGAUUAUUUAGAUGAAAAAUUGCAUAAUUAUGCUAAUGAUUUACAAUUAUCAUUAGUGGAAGCACUUCAUUAUGGUAAUAAAAAUGUAAAAGCAUCAACUGUAACAUCGUCCUCAUCAUCCUCAUCAUCGACAGUUACAACAACAACAGCCACAACCACAAAGUUUUGUAACACAAAUCAAUUAUUACCGGAUUAUGAUUUUCAUUGGAUGUUGUAUAUUUCCCAUUGAUUUGUUUAACAUUAAAAUUAGUAAAUGGUGAUGUUUGUUGAAUAUUUGUAUCAGAGAAUGUAAAUUGUUUCUUCCGUUUUUUAAUACAUGCAUGUAUUAUUAAUAAAAGACUUAUAAUUACUAUAAUUGGUAAACUAAACAUAAUCCCCAAUAACCAAUGACGUGGAUAACAGAUAAUCUGUACAUUCGCAUAAUCGAAAUUAGGCGCUGUCAUUGUUUCAACGGUAUAAUCAAUGAUGUAACUUUUUGGUGAUGAUGUUAUUUUACAUUGAGUUGUUGUUGUACCAUCACAAAUAAUUGGAUCACAUGGAUUAGGUGCCCAACGUGUACGAAAUAAAUCAAUAUAUCCACUUUCUAUUAUUGAUUGUUCAUUGAAAUACGAUGAAGUAGUAGUAUUGGUUGACAUUGUAAAUGUUCUUACUAUGAAAGUAUAAAUAUCAUUAUGUUCAAUGGUUAUAUGUUGUCUAUGCUCUAGAUUUGUUUGUAAUAUAUACCAUGAACAACAUUUUUCAUAACCUUUUUUAUAUGAACCAGUAUUAAUCCAACGUUGCAUAGAUUCUUCACCUUUAAGAAUAAUUAUUUGUGUUGGUUGUGAAAAAUUGUGUACAUAAAUUGAAUCACCAUGAUUCAAUCGAAGAUGAGUAAAUGUUGGUAAAGUCCAAUUACGUAUGACUAAACUGUAGUUUUGUGCUGGUCCAUAAUGUGGUGAUAUAGGUGUUGCCCAAAUACGAAUUUUUAAUUUAUUUGAUUUAAUUUCUAAAUGAUUACAAGUCCAUGAACGUAAUUCAUGUAUAUUCAUUAGAAAUCCAUUUGUUGACUCACCAAUCAAUAUUUGAUCACCUUUAGUUAAGGUUACAUCGAUUGGUCCUAAUGCAUAAUGUGUGAAUGCCAAUGCACCGACACAUGAACCAAGUGAUAAACAGACACACAAUAAUAAUAAACGACAUAUACGUGAUAGUCGUUUUUUCAUCAUGACUGCUAUAUUGAUUAUAAUCAAUGGGAUCAUUGUGAUUAAACCGACAAUCAUAAAUACAAAAAUAUAAUUUUUAUAUAAUGGUUCUUUCAAAUUUUGUUCAUUAAUAUUUGGUAUUAUUGUCAUAUCAGAAUUAUCCAUUGUUUUUGUUGUGUUUUACAGUAAUCACUGUAUUAGUAGGAAGAUAUUUGAUA